AUGAUCGCAAAAUAUUCAUCAAAUUCUCGUCAAGAUCUAUUGAAUGCUCAGGAAAAAUUGAAGAAAUUGCCUCGUUUGAAGUUUUUCUUGGCUUCACUAAAGAUUGAAAUCUCCGGAAUUCUUGUACCUGAAUCGAAAUAUUUAUUAUUUUCGUUUGAAGAUGAAAAGUCGACGUUUUGGAUUGGAUAUAAACGACUGUUGCAAUCCACACAUAUUCAUGUCGCUGUUAUUGGGGAUUUUAAUCAAAAAUCUUUCGAGACAUUCACUCUUGACACUUUGAGAGAUUCUGAAGUACUUGAGGAUUUAUUGCCAUUAAACGAUUUGACGGCACUCGGCGAUCCACAAGGAAUUCAAGCGUUGAAAACUCUUCUCGGUGAUAGGGGAAUUCAUGUCGAUUCUAAUGAAACUUUUCUUCUCUUUUCGUUUCCAGAAAUUAUCGAUCCACCAGAGAUUUGUCUACCUCAUGGAUAUUUUGUGGACAAAAUUCGUGAACAGGAUAUUCCGUUAGUGAUGGACACAUGGAAAUACGGUAGCCCUUCGGAAGAGGAACAGAUACGCGUUCGAAUCGAGAAAUUGGGCACAGUUUGCAUCCGCCAAAACUCCUCUCAAUUGGCGAAUCACGUCGGUUUCGCUGCCGGUUUUGCUCUUUUAGAACACGAUGGAUCUAUCAUUCAUUUAUAUGUACUGCCAGGAUAUCGGGGAAGGAAAUUGAGAGAUGCCAUUUUUCCAGUACUUGCCUACAAAGCUCAAAAGAAAUUCGGAAUCGAGCCGUUCUUUUGUUGUCUUCGAGAGAACAAUAUCAUGCUGAAUUGGGCUCAAGAAGAGUGGAAAGUUCUCGAUGAUAACGGUGACCAUUAUGCUGUUGAUUGGCUGUCGAUUUCCAUCGACGAAUUUAGAAAAGAAUUCUUGUCUCAA